AAAGGAAAGAAAUUAAGGAGCAGCUUAACCUGCUGGUAUAUCCAGUAGUAAUUAUGUGGUAUUGGUAUUUCUUUUUAGUUUCGUUAGUAGUAGGAUUAGAGAUUAAUGGUGACAGUGAUAAACUGUGGCAACCAUUAAGGGAAGUUUUAGUACAACAAACCCAAGAUAACGGUAUCUUACGGACGUUUGAAGCUGGCGACUCCGAACAAGUGUCGUCGCGUGAAUUUGCCAAUGAAAAGGAGUUAAUAAACUCACGAUUCUGGAAAAAUCUCCAGAAAAGAAAGGAUAAAGAGAUGGCCAAGUCAACAGUCAUUCUAGUAAAAGACACCAACACCGUGUAUCACUUUGAUGAAUCUGAAUGGACUGAUGAAGUAGGUGCAGAUCAUGAAGUAGAAACUGCUAGUAGCCCACGAGAAAUCACCCUUGUUGAAAUGAAGUUUGGGUUUUUGAAACCGUUUGAAUAUACUUUCCCCUUGACGGGGUGUAUCCGUAUGAAAAAGGGGAUUCCAACCAUGUACCAGUCUUAUUCACAUCAAUUAUACUUGACUUUACCGCCGGAGAUAUCUGUCAGGACCACGGUGAUUCUCUUGUCUGCCCUGGCUACUGUUGGAUCCUACGGGUUAUCGUUGAGUUAUGAAAAGGAUUCAUCGUUGACGUGCAAAGCAUCACCAGGGAAACGGGUUCAAAUAUUUAGAAAAGAACGAUAUGCAUUGUUUCCCAAAGCAAAACUCAGGAAGGUCAAGUUUAAGACUAAGUUCAAAUCAGGUAUUUGGAAGAAUGUGUUUACCAGUUUAAAACACAAGAAUCUCGGAUUGAUGUUUCUUGAUUUGACCAAGUCUGAGAAACCAUAUUGUGAAGCCCGGCCAGAUAGAUUACAAUGCCACCAACUUGGUUCGAAGAAGGGGGCAUUUGCCGAUAUUUGA